AUGCUGCUGGAGGCCAGGGCCAAGAGAGAUCCAGACGCGCUCGCGUGCGACCAGGGGGCCGAGAGGGUCCGGGUGCAGGCGAAAACCGCAGUGUCAGCAACCCGUGCGCGGUGUGGAACGGACGCCGAGGCGACGCCCAAGCGGCAGGGGGUGAUCUCUGCCGUCGAGCGGGAGAUCGCCGAGCUCGAGCGCAACGAGGAGGGGCCGGACGUCUUCGAGUCAGAGCUGCAGGAUGCCUGGGAGGACCUGCUCACUCCAGAGAGGGAGAUGGAGUUCGAGGGCGACGAGCUUACGAGGUUGCUCUGUGUAUUGGGCACUGUCAAGAAAGGGCGCGAGGAUGCGACCACGUUCGCUGGUAUGAGUCUUCAAGUGGGAUCUGGAAGGCGGAAUUGUGCGCUGAAGCAUUUGGCAUGGCAAAGACCAGGACGAAGUGCGCCCAGCCAAGAAGACGCGUGGAUAGAACCACCGCCAGAGUGGCCGAACCCAAACGACGAGGUGUGGCACCUGCGGUGUACUCCUAUAUGGACUGCAGGUGGCAAUUCAUGA